AUGCUCAUUGUGUAUGCAGCGUGCGGGAGGUAUGAUGAUGCAAAGGCAUUGUUUGCCAACACGCUUAACAAAGAUGUGUACACAUGGACAUCCAUGAUCAGGGCAUGCACAAUGAUAAGGGAUGAAACACAUGCGAUUCAAACCUUUAAUGAAAUGAUUUUGGAUGGAAUUCUACCCAACAGGGUGACAUUCAUUGCUAUACUCGUGGCAAGCAGCCAGGUUUUGGAUGUUGAAGAGAGCAAAAGCCUAUUUUUCACGCCCAUGGAACCCGACUUUGGUAUUGUGCCAGGGAUUGAGCAUUACGAUUGCAUGGUUGGGAUGCUUGGGAAGGUGAAGCGGAUGGAAGAGGCCCAAGAACUUAUUGAGACGAUGCCCUAUGAGCGGGAUGCAAGAAUUUGGAUGACAUUUCUCUCUUCCUGUAGGAAGCAUGUAAAUGCUGGGCACGGAAAAUAUGCUGCAAAGCAGAUAUUUGCCAUGGACCCAAACAAUGCCACCCCAUACAUUAUCCUCGUGGAGAUAUAUGGGAAAAGCAGGACUGGUGAAAUUGCUGGGCUGAGAAAGAUGGUGACAGAGAAGGGCUUGGAGGGUGACAGAGGGCUUGAAGAAGCUUGGAGCAAUCAACCGUGUCCAACUUGGUGGAAAAAUGCACACAUUUCGUGUGGGGGAUUGGAAAGAAGAUCUUUGUUCAAGAUAGUCAACAGCUUCACUGUUUCGAAGGAGGCUGUUGUUGUUGCAGUGAUGCAUGGCAUGAGCGAGAGGUGCCCGUGGCAGAUAAAUGUAAGUGGUAAAGGGGAACCUGAGCUCACAGUCUCUUGCCUUGCAGCUUGGUCAAGCAUUGGUGUGUAUUUUCUGGAUUCCUUGUGGGCCGAAGGCCUCACAUUGAGCUCAUGUGAACUUCUAGAUGUGCUUGAAUCCGAUCUUGUCAUCACGAGCACCAAACAAAAGGCCCUUUACCACUCACAUUAA